AAAUCAUUUCUUUCAGUCCACCUCUUCUUCUUCUCGGCGACGGCGGCGGCAGGCGGGCGGGCGAGCGAGGAACCCUAACCCUAACCACUACUUCCGAUCCGCAAGGGCUUCGACGAUGGCGGCGGCGGCGGCCACGAGGAUCCUGCGCCCGGCGGUGCUUCCAGGGGAGCGGCUUCGCCGGCUCGUCCACACCGAGCAGCAUCCCGCACCCGCCUGUUCCUUGAAGGAAGGAUACCGUGGGUCGCAAAUCCAGCAGAAGAAAGAGGAGCUGUACACGGCUUCCCAGCUAGACAGGCGCCCAAUAACUACAGCCAAGAAGGUGACCGAGUGGACUGCGACAGCGUUUGUUCUUGUUGCUGGUGCGGUCACUCUGGGUGGCCUAGCUACUGCUGAGGGAGCGCACAAGCAAGAUGAAAGUGAUGAAAGGCGUUGCCAAUGUCAGUCCGUGGCUAUGCGCCGAGUGCGAGCAGAGUCAGAGUCUUAGGCGUACAAAUGCCUGAGAGUGUGGCCAAGCAAGUGGAUCGGCGCCGAAUCAAAAGGAAACUGCAGAAGCGAGUGGAGUGAACGAAAUGCAUCUUGUUCUAUUCCAGCACUAUAUUAUGCGUGUCUCCUGAAAGUUAUGUCUAUGACUUGCAGUCUACUGUGGAACUUUAGCAUUAUAACUGGAUGAUCUGUGAUCGCAUUGUAAGAUAUUUGUCAUGUCGUUGACAUGGUAUGUUAUGUACUUCCCAUUUGUGCAAAUUCUAUGAAGAUGAGGCUGCGUUUUUAUA